GCUGCACUGCUUACAGUGAGGUACACAAGCACAUCACAGAGGGAGCUGCACUUUUGGAAGGUUCCCUAUUCCAGUAUAAGAGGAGAGGAGAAAAAUAUAUCAUUAUUUGCGUGUGAGAAGGGAGAAGUGACAUCUAUAAAGUGGACCAGUAUCAUAAUAGAGCUCUGCUGCCAGUUCUACAGUUCCAAUGCUUUGUGAUACACUGACAAGAGAAGGAAGCACUUGAUAGAUUUAAAGACUAAGGUUUCCAGUUCACAGCCAGGGAGGAGCCUUUUCCCCUACUCUUCUAGGAUUGCUGUCUUGCUGUCACUCUGUUGAUUUUUUUUGCAAAACAUUUACAGGAGUGGAUCUGAGAGCACACUAGAGUUGAAUAGGAACCACUGGACAUGGAGAUAAACCCCAUUCCUGUACUUACAAUCCAGACUGUUCCCUAUGAGGAUCAGAAACCAGGUAGCAAUGGCUUUAGGAAAUCUACAACGAUGUUUGAGAGCAAGAAGAACUAUCUGCAGAACUUUAUCCAGAGUGUGCUGUCAUCCAUAGACCUUAGGGAUCGCCAGGGUUGCACCAUGGUGGUGGGAAGUGAUGGAAGGUACUUCAGCAAGACAGCCAUUGAGAUCAUUGUGCAAAUGGCGGCAGCCAAUGGGAUUGGGCGAUUAAUCAUUGGCCAGAAUGGAUUAUUGUCUACACCUGCUGUAUCAUGCAUCAUCAGAAAGAUCAAAGCAAUUGGAGGAAUUAUCCUAACAGCCAGUCACAACCCAGGAGGACCAGGAGGGGAUUUUGGAAUUAAAUUUAAUGUUGCUAAUGGAGGUCCUGCCCCAGAUACUGUUACUGAUAAAAUUUUCCAGAUUAGUAAAACUAUUGAAGAAUAUGCCAUCUGUCCAGACCUCCGCAUUGACCUUUCCAGAGUCGGGAGGCAGGAAUUUGACCUGGAGAAUAAGUUCAAACCAUUUCGAGUUGAAAUAGUGGAUUCGGUGGAUGUGUAUCUCAAUAUGCUCAGAACUCUGUUUGAUAUGAAUGCAAUUAAAAGUUUGCUUACUGGGCCUGACCAACUCAAAAUAAGGAUUGAUGCAAUGAAUGGAGUAAUGGGACCUUAUGUCAGACGGAUCUUAUGUGAUGAAUUAGGAGCACCUGCCAAUUCGGCAAUGAACUGCGUUCCGCUGGAAGACUUUGGUGGGCAGUAUCCUGACCCCAACCUGACAUAUGCAACUGGUCUCCUGGAGGCCAUGAAGGGAGGAGAGCAUGGAUUUGGAGCUGCUUUUGAUGCAGAUGGAGACAGAUACAUGAUUUUAGGAGAAAAUGGAUUCUUUGUGAACCCUUCUGACUCCUUAGCUGUCAUAGCUGCCAACCUAUCUUGCAUUCCUUAUUUCCGUCAAAUGGGUGUUCGUGGUUUCGGACGGAGCAUGCCUACAAGCACUGCCCUGGACAGAGUUGCAAAAGCAAUGAAAGUUCCAGUCUACGAAACUCCAACUGGUUGGAAGUAUUUUGCAAAUUUAAUGGAUUCUGGAAGAUGUUCUCUUUGUGGUGAAGAAAGCUUUGGCACAGGAUCUGAUCAUCUCAGAGAAAAAGAUGGGCUUUGGUCUGUUUUGAUUUGGCUUUCCAUAAUGGCAGCACGAAAGCAGACUAUUGAAGAGAUUGUACAAGAUCACUGGGCAAAGUUUGGGCGCCAUUAUUACUGCAGAUUUGAUUAUGAAGCAUUGGAUCCCAGAACAGCAAUUUUUAUAAUGAAAGAUUUAGAGGCCGCCAUAACAGAGAAGUCUUUCGCUAAUCAAAAGUUUGCUGUCGGGAGUCAUGUGUUCAGUGUGGAAAAAACAGACAGCUUUGAGUAUGUGGACCCUGUGGAUGGAACAGUAUCAAAAAAACAGGGCCUUCGAAUUAUAUUUGCAGACGGAGCAAGGAUAAUCUUCCGAAUCAGUGCCUCGGGUACCAUGGGAACUACCUUAAGGAUCUAUGCAGAAAGCUAUGAGAAGGAUCCCAGCAAUCAUAAUAAAGAGCCACAGACGGUGCUUGGUCCUCUCAUAGCCAUUGCUCUCAAGCUUUCUCAGAUCCAUGAGCGGACAGGGCGGAAGGGACCCACUGUUAUUACCUGAACACACCCUACAGAAAGCAACGAGGGCCAAAGACAAUUGUGUGAAAGAAUGAUGUUCCUGUUGCCUUGCCAGUGUCUUUAAAUAGCUGUAUAUGCUUUACUUGCGUAAUAUGUAAUGUUUUGUACUUACUUACAUGCUAUUAUUGAACUAUCAGCUGGAAAACAUUUCCUGUUCAUUUCACUCUCAGUGCAGUUUACUUCUUUCAUUGCACCUAGCUUUCAUUUCUAGCUAAGUAUUAUAUCAUGAAAAACAUAUGCAAAAUGUUUAUUUUAGCAGUGUUGGAUGAAAUCAGCUAUGAAUUUAAGCAACUGUUGAAGGCACUUCUAGGUCAUUUUGUUUUCAAAAUAUUUCAAUACUCGAUAAUGCAAAAAUGUUUUAGAAAUUAACACAUAAAAGCUAAGGGAUGGGACUUCUUUCAAAAAAACAACUCCCAGCAUACCCCAGGAUGCCCCUGCUGUACAUUGGGAUUUGUAGCUGCAAAACGUUGGAGUGCAGAGGCUUUCCUAUUAGUAAUUUAAAAUGAGAAAUUAACUGGGGCUCUUUUAUUAACACUGGACACAUUUGCAGCUAGGCAGUAAUCUCUAGCAACCACUCAAAUCUCAUUAGUUAGUCAACAACUAGUUGCUAUGGGUUGCUGUCCAAGUGCAAAUUUGUCAAGUCUUAGAAAAUGAGCCACCCUACCACAGUGUAAUCUAACGUAAAAUGAUUUUAAGGAACAGUGCAUUAAUGAGAGGAGAGGAAUGUGCAUGCAGGGUAAACUGUGAUUUAAUCUGAUUGUGGUCAGAUGUGUCUAGAUCCUGGGUCUAUUGGGAAUACGUUGACUGGCUAAGGGUAGAACUCCACGAACAAUUUUGGCGCGAUCCGAAGCACUGCGCAAAAAUGCAGGCAUCAAGUGAGAUGCAACAGAAAUAAGGUAAGCAAUAACAAUGUCGGAUCGUGUCGCAGUGUUUGUCCGACGCAACACAACUGUCGGAUGCAGACGUUGACCGCUGUGUCUGCAUCCGACAGUCAUGUUGCUUCGGAUGAACACUGCAACUUAAUUUCUAGCUCCUACCUUAUUUCUGUCACAUCCGACUUGAUGCUUGCGUUUUUGCGUAUCGCAUUGGAUCGCGACAAAAUCGCCCGUGGAGCUCUACCCUAAAGCAGGGGUACACAAACUUAGAGUCUACCUUUAACACAGUUAUGGCAUUUGGAUCUACCAUAUGAAGAGUUACACUGCAAUGGAAAAUGUAACUUAACUGCAUUAAGCUAAAUUAACAAACUUUAAAUGUGUAUUUAACUGAACAAUACUCAUUAUUAAGGC